UCCAAAAACGCAACCCUAAAACAUCAUCAAGAGGCGAUGAAUUAUCCAAUCUACAUUAGUUCAAGUAGCGAUGAUGAAGAAGACGACGUUCAAGAGCCCACUAAUAGUCAACAACCUGUGACGACCAUCGUUAAUGAUGAGAGACGUAUCUAUCAAGCUGCGUUACAAGAUCUGAAUCAACCCAAAACCGAAAAAGACUUGCCUCACGGUGUUCUUUCGGUUCCUCUCAUGAGGCAUCAGAAGAUUGCAUUGGAAUGGAUGCGUCAGAAAGAAAGGAGUUACAAUAACUGUCUGGGAGCGAUAUUAGCUGAUGAUCAAGGACUCGGUAAAACAAUCUCGAUCAUUGCUUUGAUCUUAUUCCAAAAGUUGAAGUCACAAUCACGGCGUGUGAAGAAAAGAAGUAGAAGAUCUGGUGGUACAUUAGUUGUUUGUCCAGCGAGUGUUGUAAAACAAUGGGCUAAAGAGCUUGAUGACAAGGUCUCUCCUCAACACAAGCUCUCUGUUUUGGUCUACCAUGGUUCUAGAAGAACCAACGAUCCUGUUGAGUUGGCAAAGUACGAUGUUGUCGUGACGACUUACGCGCUUGUUACAAACGAAGUCCUUCAAACUCAAAGAAGAUUCUCUGGAGCACUAGGGAGAGUUAGGUGGUCGAGGGUGGUUUUAGAUGAAGCUCAGACAAUAAAGAACCACAAAACACAAGUUGCAAGAGCAUGUUCUAGUCUCAACGCCAAAAGGAGAUGGUGUUUGUCCGGAACACCGAUACAGAACGAGGUCAUGGAUCUUUUCAGCUACUUCAAGUUUCUCAGGUACCAUCCAUACGCUGAAAUCUGUUCGUUUAGCAAAAGAAUCAUGGUCCCAAUCAAAAACAACCGUCUCAGUGGUUACAAGAAGCUUCAAGCUGUUCUAAGAGCUAUCUUGCUUCGCCGUACCAAAGGAACAUUACUUGACGGGGAACCUAUACUUCACCUCCCUCCAAAGACUAUUAAUCUGACUAAGGUUGAUUUUUCUCCAGAGGAGUUUGCUUUCUACAAGAGGCUUGAAGCAAGUUCGCAAUCAGAGUUCGAGGCCUAUGCUGCUGCGGGAGCGGUCUACUCAAACUACGCUUACAUUCUCGUGAUGCUUUUAAGACUACGCCAAGCUUGUGACCAUCCAUGGCUUGUUAAAACAUCGAGCGUCGAACGUGUGAACCAAAGCGUUUUUACAUCCACGAAAAUCAAUGCCGUGAUGAAGACUCUAGAGUCGCUUGGGAAGCAAGUCAAGACCCUGGUGUUCUCUCAGUGGACUGGUAUGCUUGAUUUGGUUGAGCAUAGCUUUGUUAAAAGCGGUGUAACGUUCAGAAGACUAGACGGUACAAUGUCUCUAGUAGCAAGAGACAAAGCUGUGAAAGAGUUCAACAAUGAUCCAAGUGUGCAAGUGAUGCUGAUGUCUCUUAAAGCUGGAAACCUAGGAUUGAAUAUGGUGUCUGCAAGUCAUGUGAUAAUAUUGGAUCUUUGGUGGAAUCCAACAACGGAAGAUCAAGCUAUUGAUAGAGCUCAUAGGAUUGGACAGACUCGGGCUGUUACUGUGACUCGUAUAGCUAUCAAUAAUACUGUUGAGGAUAGGAUUUUGGCUCUUCAGGAGACGAAAAGGAUAGUGGUUGCUUCUGCGUUGGGUGAAGAUUCUGGUGAACUAUCUGCGACUAGACUAACAGAGCAAGAUCUUGGAUUUUUGUUUUUUGGUGUCAAGCAGGAACAUAUAUGAAAUUUAGCUAUAUAGGAAGAUCUUGGGUUUUUGUUUUUUUUUUUGGUGUAAAACAAGAUUUUGAUUUGGAUGUUUUACAUUAAU